AUGACUUUGUUCCCCACCAAGUUUGAAAAUGGGAAGAUUGAGUACAAGAUAAGGUACAAGGGGAGAUCAAGGCCAUUCUCUAGAGCCAAAGCCUUGGUGACUUCAGAACAAUCCAGGGACCCAACCAAGCUAAAGGAGCUUCUGUCUCAAGUCCUCACUAUCACCCUUGAUGGUGGGACUAGCUCAACCAAUGCCUAUAAAGUUAAGUUUAGGUGUCAAGAGAGCCAGCUCGACCGACAGCUCGAUCGAGCUAGAAACAAGGGCAACUCGACCGAGGAACCCAACUUCAAGAAGCAACCAUUUAAGAUGUUGAGAGGUGAAGGAAGCAAGCCAGCAUUCACAAAGAGGGAGGUAACAAGAGGAGCAAGGAGGAUACUCAAGACACUAACCAAGGAGGAUGAGGAAGAGAUUGAGAGGGUGAGGGAAGAGAGAAGAACCAAGAGAAGGAAUGAUCCUAUCAGCAGUGAGAGCGAAGUAGGAGAGUUUGAAAUUGGGGUGAACAUCCCACAUGAGGAGGAUGAUGAGUCCCCAAGUGAAGAAGAGGGUGAGGAGGUCAAUCAAGAGAUUGAGGAGAGUGAGCAUGAGAGCAAUGAGAAUGUGCCCAUGGAAGAGGAGGAGUCAGAGGAAGAAGAGGAUGAGCUCCCCAUGUACCAAGAGCAUUAUGAUGCUCUCUUCUCCAUGGACUUUGUGGAGACCAAGUACCCACAUGAUGACACAAUGAGGGCUCUUGGGAUCUUUGUGAUGUGGAGCUGGUCCUCAAGAACAUGCGCUUGGCCAAGUUUUUCUCUUACCGCUUGGAGUCAUACAAGGAGCUCACUUGUGAGUUCUUGGCAUCAAUGA